CUGGCCAACUCAGGGCACUGCCUGGAGGGCACCUGCCUGGCCGAGCCCAGGACUGGGCGCGCAAGGCUCCGCCUGGUGAGCAAGAGGUGGCUUUGGGGCUCCACCCCGUGUGGCUUGGGCCCUGACCGUCACCUCUUGGCAGCUGCCCUCCGUGAGCUCUGGCCACGUCUCCCUCAAGGGACACUGGCUGCCUGUCCUUACUCGAGUGGUUUCAUGGGAUUCCUGUGGCUGGUGGCAGGCAAUCAGGGCUGGAAGUCCCCAGGCCUCUGACUGCUCACGAGGAGGGAGGGUGGGCAGUUCGGUGCCCCAGAGGGUGGCCGGUUUGGGGUCACUGUGCCCGAGUGGGAGUCCAGAUGCCCGGAGAGUGAGCUGGGUGGGUCCCACCAAGGGGGCAGUUCCACGCCGGGGCCAGUGAACCCGUGGGUGCCAUGGGACACCAGCCUCAGGGCUUUUCGAGAGAAGCUGGAAAUCUGGGUUUUCAGGGCAAGGUUUGGGGAUGGUGCUGAGCCCACCCUUGGCUGCCACUGAGCCACCCACAGAGCCCAGGGCAUGGCUGUCCUGCGGGGCAUGUGUCACCCAGGAGGGCGUUCUCUGCCACCCCACCUGUGGGUUCUGCUCUGUGGGGGCUGCCCACUUGCUCUUGGUGACAUGAGCCCCUCUGCCCCAGGAUUGCGAGGCGGUCCCAAGGUAUUUUCACUGGGCUACACCCUGUCCCCUUGCAGCAGUGGGUCCCAGGCCGGACGAGUGCCAGCUCUCUGUCCCAAAUUUCAUGGGGGUGGAGGGCCUGCUUCAGGGCAGUGCAGGCGGCCAGGCCUCGGUGCAGCCUCCAUGCCCUGGGCCUCUCCAUUCCCUCUACUGCAGCCCAGCCGGGCCUCCCUGGGAGAGGCCGGUCCCCUGUGGCAUCUCGUGGUGGGGCCCCAACCCGAGCAGCUAUCCACGGCGCCCUGCCCCUCGUGGCCACAUUCCAGGUGGGAGCCCAGGACGUGCCAGCAACUGUCCCUGCAGCAGCACAAGCUUCCUCCUGACCCCAGUGAGGUGGAGGCACAGCCCAGGGUGCCCUUGUGCCCUGCGCGACCUGGAAGAGGAGUGAGCAUCAGCCUCUUCCUUCACACAGAUUCCCCCACUGGACGUGGCGAGGUGCCGCCCUGACCCCCUGGCAGGCCUAGCUUGCCGGCCCCCCGUCCUGUCGAGGGGCUGGUGGCAGCCCGGCCACCAGCAAGGAGCAGAGCCCAGCGUCAGCCUGCCCCGUAGACCCAGACCAUAACAAGCAAGUCAGGAUUAGGUGACAGCCUGUGGCAGAGCUGCGGUCCCGCCUGAGGUCUGGAGGGACUUGGAGGAGGAGGAGAGGCUGUGGGGGGUCACAUGGGGGCUCAGAGGAGUGCCUGUGUUGGGGAGAGGGAGGGCAGGGGUGGGAAGACAGGCAGAAGGGACAGGCCACAACAGGCAGCAGCUUCCAGGGGUGCCGGGAGACCUCUGGCCACAGGACUUCCCAGGAAGCCGGCCAGGCCUGCGGAGAAACGCGGCACAGUGGGAGAGGGGCCCCUCCCUUCCAGAGGCUCCAGGACAUCUAGGCUGGGACACGCACUCCAAGGUACAGGCAGCGUGCAAAGCUGACGAGCACGGGCUGGGAUGGGGGUGUCCUGGACCGGAUAGGGGCACCCAGCCCCCAGGUGGACCAGUGGUCGGCUGGCUCCUGCGCAGAGCUCCUACUCAUGACGGGAUGGCAGUUGGGCCCAAACCCAGACCCCAACAGUGGCUGGCUCAGCCACCAAAUCCUUUGAGCCUCAGUUUCCUCAUAUGUGAAGUCUUGAGGUGUGGCCUCUGGGUCUCUUCCAGCCCUAUGAGUCCACUUCUGUUGCCAACCCGUGAACGGCACCUAGAGAGUACUUGACUGGUAAUGGUCUCUCAGGGACUCAGUUUUACACACUUGGUCCCUGUCAUGCUGCUAGAACAGAACACCCGAGACUGGGUAGUUCAUGGCCAGCACAAGUCCAUCGGCUCACGGGGCUGGGGGUUGGAGAGCUCAGCGCCCGGUGCCGGCGCCUGCGGCCCCUCCUGCCGCAUCCUGUGGUGGAGGCGAGAGGGAGGGGCCGGGCCGCCGUCCCGGUGGCACCAGGCCCACCUGUGCAGGUGGGGCCCUCCUGCCUCCUCACCUCCCAAAGGUCCCACCUCUUUGUACUGUCACAAAGGCAAUUUCCACAUGAGUUUUGGAGGGAGGAACACUUGAACUGUAGCAAAAACCAUGGAAGAAACAACCUCAUGGGGUAAGGCCAGAGCCGCAGUCAAAGUAAGGAGCCGUCCUGUCAGGGAGGGGACACUGCAAGCCUGGCCCUGCCAGGCUGCGGGACCGACCUGUCAGACUCCCACAGCAGCAUCCGGCCACCACACUGCAGGUGGCCACUUGACAGAGUCACCUGACUUUAUUUUUAAUGAUCACACAGGAAAACAAGUUUCAUCUCACUGUACAGUUCUGUGGAUUUUAGCAUGUGCUGCUGUAACCACUGGCAGUCAAGAAGCAGAACUUUCCAUCAGCCCCAAACUGCCUCUUGCUGGCCCUUGAGGGCCGCCCUGCCCCGGGUCUGGGGACUACAGGUCACCCCACCCUGUGUUUCUUUGAGAAUGCUGCUUUCGGGGCCUGGCAUCUUCCACUCCACGCAAUGCCUGGGGGAGUCCCUGAGUUGUCACGUGUGUCAAAAAGUUUGCCCUUUUUUCCUGUUGAGUGAUGUCCCCACAGGGAUGUCCUGCUGGCUUGGAGCCCGUCGGGCGGUUUCCAGUUUCGCUGUGUGGCCGGAACUGUCAGCUGCUGUGGUCGUGGGCUCCGGGGCGAUGCCCAGCUUCUUCCCAAACCACCCUGCGGCCGGACCCAGGGCUCUGCGUCCAUGGGCAGGCGGGACUCCCCACCGGGGCUCUGGGCACACCCUAAAGAGGCUCUGGAGAGGGGUCCCCCCGCGUGUCCACAGUCCCUAUUCCACGCAGGAGCUUCUCUCUGAAGACCAGGAACAGGCUCAGAGAAGGUCAGGCAGAGUCCAGGAUUCCAGCUUCGUCCUCCAAGCCCCUGCGCGCCACCUGCCCGCCACCCAGAUCCAGGGACCACCAGGACCGCCACCCCUGUGCCCCGUCCCUGGCGCCACCCACCUGCUCCCUGUGGCCUAUCCCCGCAGGGCCUUCACAGAGCUCCAAGACGCUGCCCCCCCCACCAGCCACCACUCUCUGGCUGUCCACCAGGUGGCAGUGAAGGUCACCCAAUGUCGAGCACGCACCCACCCUGGUGCCCACCUCACAGUACCCCUGCCUUGUCCAGAGCGGUGAGCGGUGGGGGCCGCGCAGCUGUGGGCCACUGCUCCGCAGGGAAGAGCUCAUCACACGCCCAGGGGCUUCCAGCCAAGUCCACACGGCCAGGCUCACAGUGUGCGGGCAGCUCCCCUCUGGCCUCAGGACUCUCCUCCGGCAACUGACACCUUUCCGGGACCCUGCUCUGCUGGAAUCACCAGCUGGACCUCCCUGGAGAGCAGAAUGGAAGAGCACCGGGCUCUCCCACACCCAGCCGCGUCCCCGCUGGGGCAUCUGGUCCUCGGCAAUGCUGAGCCAGAACUGAGGCCGCAGGUCUCCCGGCCGGGACUCCACGCACCAGAGAAUGAAGGGAAACUGCAGCCGAACACACCAGCUCCAGCUCCAGCUCCAGCGCCACUGAAAACCCUGUCCUGAGGCUGCACAAAGGACUCUGUUGGCUCCUGCAGCCACAGAGAAAAAUCUCAAAAUCUGGGUGAGAAUUAACAGCAGCUUCCCGGGUGGAGCUGCCAAAUCUCCACCCGAGCCGUGUUCCAGCCAGCAGAGGAGCGACCCUUGCAAAGGCCACGUGGCGUCAACAUCGGCUGGACGGGGGUAGACCAUCUCCGAGUCUGUUUCGAGUAACUGUCCCACCUUCUCUUCACCUGGACGGCCAGGAAACAGCUAAGUAUUCCUGGGCCUGCACCAAGAGUUCUGUCUUCCAACUUUGUGAAAUGAAAAAGGAGCGGAGGGCCUGCUGGGAAAUGACGUUCCCAAGCUGGACACGCCACUAAUUUCUCUCAGCGUCCUCUUACCUGUGUCUGAGCAGCAUGUGCCGCACGUCCCUGGAACAGAACACAAAGGCCUGGUGGCUGUCCCCAGCGCUCUUCAGAAAACUGCUUGCUCUGGCUAGAAGUGGCACCACUCCUCCUGCGGUGCCCAUAGCUCCAGCGCCAAUUCGGCUAGACACUGGCAUGGCCAGCACUGCCACCUCCAGCCAGCCCUGGGCGGCUGUUCCCGCCUGCCCACCCGCCCGCCUGAGGGCAGGCCUGUGGCCCAAGGUCUGGCUGCGCUGUGGCCUGCGCUGUCACAGCUCCCUCUCAGGUUCCAAGGUCCCCUCACUGCCCGGCCCCCCACCAGAGGCUCCAGGAGCCCCGAGUUGGACAAACAGCCCCCUUGCUCCUGCAGGUGCCCACCCCACUCCCGCUCCCCACCAAGUUCACCAAGACCCCGUCACCAGAGCCUCCGGCACAUUCUGGGUGAGCCACACAGGGCCUGAGGGUGGUUAUGUCUCAAAGGAGAAGCACCCCCACUUCUUGUAGUGCUCACCACACGUGUGGGCUGUCUGGGGGGUCCCAGUGCCGCUGGGACAAAGGGUUCCAGCUGCCCCAUGGUCUGACAUCGUGCAGACUGGCCGGGGGGCAUUCCUCUUAGAGCAGCCCCUGGUGUGGACAGCCAGAGAGCUGCUGGGUUCCAAGGCGGAAGACCUUGCAGAUGUCCUCACUUUCCAAAUGAAGGAGAAGCAACAGUGCCUGGCUCUCAGGUUGGGUGAAGGAAGCAUCCGUGCCAGGAAGAGCUGAGGUGGGGACACACCAGCUCCCCGGGCAUCCGACGCUGCCUCCCAGGAGGGAGCCUCCAACCUGGUCCCUGCCCCACCUCUGGGGGACAUGCCUGGGCCACCAGAGAGAGGCCCGAGACCUUCUCAAGUUCAACAGCCAGCACUGGGGCAGGAGGUCCAGCAGAGGACACCUGCGGGGUCUUCUGUGUCCUGUCGGGGCCGACCUGACACGGGUGCUCUAACGGGAAAGCGCUGGCUUAUUU